AAACAUAUUUGUGGAAAUAAAAUUAAAAAUAUUUGUCAAAAGUGUAAAUGACAUAUUUGUGGAGAAUAAACCAGAUUUGUGAAAAUAAAUCAAAAUAUUUGUGAAAAAACAUUUUUGAAAAAUACAACAUAUUUGUGAAAAAUAAAAACAUAUCGGUAAAAAUAAAACAAAUAUUUGUGAAAAAUAUAAAAACAUAUUUGUGAAAAAUAAACAAAUGUUUGUGAUACAAAUGUGGAAUCAAAAAGCAUAUUUGUGUGGAAAAAAAACCUUAAAAAAAAUAAACAUAUUUGUGAAAAAUAAAAAAACAUAAUUGUGAAAAAUUUGAAAAACGUUUGUGGAAAAAAAACAAAAAACUUUGUAAAUAAUUUAAACGACAGAUUUGUGGAGAAUAAAAACAGAUUUGUAAAAAUAAAACAAAAUAUUUGUGAAAAUAAAAACAUGUUGGUAAAAGUAAAACAAACAUUUGUGAAAAAAUAUAAAAACCUAUUUGUGAAAAAUAACACAAAAAAGUUGUGGAAUUAAAAAGCAUAUUUAUGGAAAAAAAAAAACUCUGUAAAAUAAUAAACAUAUUUGUGAAAAAUAAAAAACAUAAUUGUGAAAAAUUUGAAAAACAUAUUUGUGGAAAUAAAAAAAAACUAUUUGUAAAUAAUUUAAACUACAUAUUUGUGUAGAAUAAAAACAGAUUUGUGAAAAUAAAACAAAAUGUUUGUGAGAAAAAUAUUUGUGAAAAAUAAAAACAUGUCGGUAAAAAUAAAACCAACAUUUGUGAAAAAAUAUAAAAACGUAUUUGUGAAAAAUAAAUACAAAAAAAUUGUGAAAUUAAAAAGCAUAUUUGUGGGAAAAAAAACUCUGUAGCCAGAGUACCCGGAGGGAACCCACGCAGUCACGGGGAGAACAUGCAAACUCCACACAGAAAGAUCCCGAGCGCAGGAUCGAACCCAGGACCUUCGUAUUGUGAGGCAGACGCACUAACCCCUCUGCCCGAUUAAAAAGCAUAUUUUUGGAAAAAAAAAAACUCUGUAAAUAAAUAAACAUAUUUGUGAAAAAUAAAAAACAUAAUUGUACAAAAUUUGAAAAACAUCCAGCCAUCCAUCCAUUUUCUACCGCUUGUCUCUUUUAGGGUGUGCGAGGGGGUGCUGGAGCCUAUCGCCGCUACAUUCGAGCGGAAGGCGGUGUACACCCUGGACAAGUCGCCAAAUAUUUGUAAAUAAUUUAAACAACAUAUUUGAGGAGCAUAAAAACAGAUUUGUGAAAAUAAAACAAAAUAUUUGUGAAAAAAACAUUUGUGAAAAAUAAAAAACAUUAUUUUGAAAAAUUUUAAAAACCUAUUUGCAGAAAUAAAUAAACUAUUUGCAAAUAAUUUAAACGACAUAUUUUUGGAGAAUACAAACAGAUUUGUAAAAAUAAAACAAACAUUUGUGAAAAAAUGUAAAAACGUAUUCGUGAAAAAUAAAAACAAAAAAAUUCUGUAUUUAAAAAGCAUUUUUGUGGGAAAAAAAACCUCUGUAAAAAAUAAACAUGUUUGUGAAAAAUUAAAAAAAUAAACAUAUUUGUGAAGAAAAAAAAACACACAGUAUUUGUGAUAAAUAAAAGGAAAACAUAUUUGUGAAAAUAUACAUCGGAGCGAACUGAUGAAUAUCCAUUCUUUGACGAUACCAUUCUAUAUCCAAUACUGAUACUGCCAUUGGUGUCGAUGCUAGUGUCGACAUUUGCAUCCAUCCGCCCACUCCCAACAAUGCAACAGUUCUCGCGCACGCGCGCGCGCACACGAACGGCGGGAGGAGUGGCAUCCCAGCCUGUUUGUGUUAGUUGUGUUGAUGGAUGUUCUCCCGGGGACAACAUGAGACGUUCAUCCGCGCGCCAGCCUACUUUCCCGGCAAAGUGAGAGAGACAACAUCGCUGCCUCCUGUUGUGGAUUCAUCAUCAAUAAUUCAAGUUAUCAUCUUCUCCCGCAUUGAGCCAGCAUGUGCGACGUAACCGAGCCCAGCAGCCCCGCGCUCCUUCACGGCGAGUCUUCGGACGAGUACGAUAACGCGGACCGCUGGCAGAAGCUCCGCACCGCUGUGCGCAAACUGGACUUCUGGGAAAACUUCAGCGCCGAACUCAUCGGGAGCGGUUUCUUCUCCAAGGUCUACAAAGUGGUCCACAGCACCAGUCACAAGGCCAUGGUGGUGAAGAUCUACAAGAAGGACGUGGACCAGGACAGCAUCGUGCGAGAAAUCAGUCUGCUGCAGAAACUAUCUCAUCCCAACAUAGUCAGAUAUUUGGGAAUAUGCGUGAAAGAGGACAAACUCUAUCCAAUAUUGGAGUACGUGAACGGCGGCUGCUUGGAGGAGCUGCUGGCCAGCAAGGAAGUUCUCCUGGGCUGGAAGGACAAGGUGGACCUGGCCUGCGACGUCAGCAGAGGAAUGAUCUACUUGCACUACAAGAAUAUUUACCACCGAGACCUCAACUCCAAAAAUUGUCUGAUCCGUGUGACGUGUCGCGGCCGCGAGGCCUUAGUGACAGACUUCGGUCUGGCCAGAGAGGUGGUGGAGCUGCCGGUUAAAGACGCCGCCGCUGCCGGCAGGAAGUUGUCAUUGGUGGGAUCUGCUUUUUGGAUGGCGCCCGAGAUGCUCCGAGGGGAGCCGUACGACCGCAAGGUGGAUGUUUUCUCUUUUGGAAUUGUGUUGUGUGAAAUCCUGGCCAGAAUUCCUGCUGAUCCAGAGAUACUCCCCAGAACUAAGGAUUAUGGGCUGGAUGAGGAUGCAUUCAAGGAGAUGGUGAGCGACUGUCCUCAGCGUCUUUUACAACUGGCAGCCAGCUGCUGUAUGGUGGACUCCUUCAGACGUCCAGCAUUCACCGAGUUGUUGGACGGCUUGGGAGAAGUCGCUGAGAGUCUGGAAUUGGAUCUGUCCGCCGCCUGACUGGGUGAUGAAACGCUGGAGCCUGACGACCAAAUAAGUUCACAAUUUAGUCAACUAUUUGGGCUCUCUUAUUUGGAGCAAAGACCUUUUUAGUCCCGUCUGGAGCAGGUUUACAACCUUUUUCCCUGAGGCCACUUCUUUGGUCUUGUUCAGGUUUGUGUGGAUUAGGUACACAUCAUUAGGAGGACUUAAAAAAACAACAGUCUAAUACUUAUUUCCGUCAAAAACAAAGUAUUUUAUAUAUUACAGUACUUCCUGUCUUUCUGUUCUCAUUUAAUUGCGUUUCAUAUUUUUGUCAACUCACCAACAUCAAAUACUCAAUGUGGUAACACUUUAGUAUUGGGAACAUAUUCACCAUUAAUUAGUUGCUUAUUAACAUACAAAUUAGUAACAUAUUGGCUCUUAAUUAGUCAUUAUUAAGUACUUAUUAAUGCCUUAUUCUGCAUGGCCUUAUUAUACAACCAGUAAGCCAUUAACUAAGAGUCUUCCCUACCCUGACCCCUAACUCUACCCCUAUGUUAAUAAGCAACUAAUUAAUGAUGCAUAUCUUCCCCAGACUAAAGUGUUACCCUCUUUGUACACCUUUGGACUGUCAGAAAACAUGAAUUGUUGAUAUUGAAGACGGAUAAAAAAAAAAAUGUUAGGUCAGACACAUUUUAAAAUACUUUUGUAGAUACGAUGUACAUACUGUUCAGUGCUAUGUGGGCUGAUAUACUUUGUACAUCCUCCAUGUUUGGACUAUAUCUGCAAACAGGUAAAUAAAGUUUGAAUGCAGACUU